ACCCUGCAUUCACUAUAUCUGGUCUCCCUGGACCCUGCAUUCACUAUAUCUGGCCUCCCCGGACCCUGCAUUCACUAUAUCUGGUCUCCCCGGACCCUGCAUUCACUAUAUCUGGUCUCCCUGGACCCUGCAUCCACUAUAUCUGGUCUCCCAGGACCCUGCAUUCACUAUAUCUGGUCUCCCCGGACCCUGCAUUCACUAUAUCCGGUCUCCUCGGACCCUGCAUUCACUAUAUCUGAUUAUUUAUUUGCAAAAUCUUAUAAGAUAAACACUUUUUUCAAAAUGUUUGGACUUUUUCAUUAUAUAUAGCAAAAAAAAAAAUCCCAGUGGUGACUAAAUACUACCAAAAUAAAGUUUUAUCUGUCUCACAAAAAUGCUAAAAAAUUCAUAUGGGUACA